AUGCUUCCAACUCCCUCAACUUCCCAUGUCUCCUUUGACACUAUCUACGAACCUGCGGAGGACUCAUUCCUUCUUCUCGAUACAUUGUCCUCUGCAUCAGAAGCCGCCUGGCUCACUGACCGAUUCCAAAUAUCAAAAUCCUCAGCAUCUCCGUUAAUCGUGGAGGUAGGCAGUGGCUCCGGUGUCGUAAUUGCCUUUACGGCUGCGAAUUCAAAACACAUAUUCGACGUCAAUCGUGAUGCAUGCCAAGCAACAAGGCAGACUGUACAAACGGCGAUUUCCGAGACGGGGAAUGCGAGUCGCACCCACUAUCUAAGCUCACUGACCGGUGACUUGGUCUCACCGUUAAAACCAGGAUCAGUGGAUGUUUUGCUGUUCAACCCUCCGUAUGUCCCAACACCGGACUUGCCUAUCUUACCACAACCUAGACAGAACGAGACCAAAUCACUGUCACGGUCUGAGAAAUUCGAGCAUGAUUCAUAUCUCCUAUCACUCUCCUAUGCAGGAGGACUAGACGGGAUGGAAACUACGAAUAGAUUCAUUGAAGCUAUUCCUUCCAUACUCAACCCCGAACGGGGGGUUGCGUAUCUUUUGCUCUGCGCGCAAAACAAGCCGGAGGACGUCAGAGCACGUAUUAUUCGUGGCUGGCAUGGAUGGACUGCUGAUAUGGUGGGUAGAAGCGGUAUGCAAGCCGGGUGGGAGAAGUUGGUUAUUUUGAGGAUCUACAGGAAUGAGAUGUGA